AUGGAUAAGCAUUCGGACCCGGUGCUUUCGCCGCCCGCCAGCUCCAGCACUACGGAUCCACAUGUGCCCAUCGCAGACCAGGCCAAACACGGCGACAAUCCCGGUCACGUAGAGGCCAAUGAGCCUGUGUCUGAGAUCAAUGGAAAUGAGACGAGCAAAAUUCAAGAUCAAACCAAUCUAUUGCCUCUCAAACAAUUACUGAUAGUGUUCGCCGGCCUCAGCUGUGCUCUAUUCUGUGCACUACUUGACCAAACAAUCGUGUCAACUGCUCUGCCAACUCUCGGGCGUGUCUUUCAUGAUUCAGAUAUCGAAUCAUGGGUCGGCACCUCUUAUCUUCUCACAUCAACGGCAUGUCAACCGCUAUAUGGCCGUUUAUCAGAUAUAUUUGGUCGAAAGAUUGUGCUUGUUUCUAGUAUGGGAUUUUUCCUGAUAGGUUCCAUCUUGUGCGCUGUAUCGCAAAGUAUGGUCAUGCUCAUAGUAUUCAGAGCCAUUGCUGGAAUUGGCGGCGGGGGAAUCUUAACUUCGGUCAUGAUUACUGUAUCCGAUGUUGUGUCGUUGGAGAAACGUGGUACAUAUCAGGGUAUUAUCGGAGUAGUGGUGGCAUUAUCAAAUUCUAUCGGUCCUCUCAUCGGCGGUCUCUUCACGGAAAAAGUCUCUUGGCGGUGGUGUUUUUAUAUCAAUAUUCCAUUGACCGGUAUCUCGAUGCUUGUUGUUUUAUUCGUGCUUCCCUUGAAGCGAGUCAAAGGGGAUGUUAGAGUCCGCUUUAAGCAGAUCGAUUAUUUAGGAUGUGUCACUAUGCUCAUUGCCGCGGUCCUGGUUUUAAUACCGAUAUCCUGGGGAGGAACUAAGUACGCCUGGAGCUCAGCCGGUGUUAUAGCCCCUCUAGUCAUUGGAUCUGUGUCCCUCGUUAUUUUCAUUGUAGUGGAAAUGAAGUUUGCAGCACUCCCGCUUAUCCCAAUGCAUAUAUUCAGAAACUCGACUGUCUCCGGCGCACUAUGCGGAGCAUUCUUCACAGGAUUCAUGUUUUACGCCAACCUCUUCUAUCUACCGCAAUACUUCCAAGUCGUCUAUUCCGCCUCUCCAAUCAUGUCUGGUGUCCUGCUUCUCCCUCUUGUGUUGACUCAGUGCAUCACAUCAUUUACCUCUGGCUUCCUUGUUUCAAAGACAGGCAACUAUACCAUCAAUAUAUGGGUAGGCUUCGCUAUUUGGAGCAUUGCAUGCGGCCUACUCUCCACAAUCUCACCCGACACUUCUAUCGCCAAACUAGUUGGCUUUCAGAUACUGAGUGGCAUCGGAUCUGGCCAGACGCUACAGACAAACUUGGUUGCUAUCCAAGCUAACGUUGAAAGAAAUGAGAUGGCUGUUGCCACGGCUACUAGGAACUUUCUCCGUCUCCUAGGUGGUACUAUUGCGCUAUCUGCUUGUGGUGCCAUUUUGAAUAACACUGUCCGCCUUAGCGCCAGCACGUUGGAAAUUUCUGCGGCUCAGAAGUCGACUGCUCUUCAUGCAUAUACUCUGGGAAUUCGAAACAUUUACUACUUCAUGGUUGCGUGCUGCUGCGUCUCCUUUUUCGUGACUGUUUUCUUUGUGCGUGGAGCUAGUCUUAAACGUGAGGAUGAUGCGAAAUACCAGGAAGAAGGGAAGAAGUGGGCUGCUAAACAUCGAGGUAUCCAUGCCCUGGGCAGGAAAAAUCGUGAGCCCGCGACAGAAAAGAAGAGUGUACGCAGUCAAACGUUGGUAACAACGGAAUCCUCAAUCAAACAGUGA